CUCGCCGCUCGCCGUCACCGGACGGCGCUGCCAUAGAAACCCGCGAGCGCUGGGCCCGCGGAAGCGGGGAGCGUCGGCGAGAGCUGGGAGGUGUCUGCGGCGGUGACCUCGGCUCCUGAGCACCCGAGCGCCAUGUCUUUCCGCGACCUGCGCAAUUUCACAGAGAUGAUGAGAGCCCUAGGAUAUCCACGACAUAUUUCUAUGGAGAAUUUCCGCACACCCAAUUUCGGACUUGUGUCUGAAGUGCUUCUCUGGCUUGUGAAAAGGUAUGAGCCUCAGACUGACAUCCCUUCAGACACUGAUACUGAACAAGACCGAGUUUUCUUCAUUAAGGCAAUUGCCCAGUUCAUGGCCACAAAGGCGCAUAUAAAACUCAACACCAAGAAGCUUUACCAGGCAGAUGGGUAUGCAGUGAAAGAACUACUGAAGAUCACAUCUGUGCUUUAUAACGCUAUGAAGACCAAAGGGAUGGAGGGAUCUAAAAUAGGGGAGGAAGAUAUUAGCAAGUUCAAGUUUGAUCUUGGCUCCAAGAUCUCAGAUUUGAAAGCAGCCAGGCAGCUGGCUUCUGAAAUCACCGCCAAAGGAGCAUCUCUGUAUGACUUGUUGGGAAAGGAGGUCGAGUUGAGGGAACUGAGAACAGAAGCCAUUGCCAGGCCACUGGAAAUCAAUGAGACUGAGAAAGUGAUGAGAGUUGCAAUAAAAGAGAUUUUGGCACAGGUUCAGAAGACUAAAGACCUGCUCAAUAAUGUGGCAUCUGAUGAAGCUAAUUUAGAAGCCAAAAUUGAAAAGAGAAAGCUAGAACUGGAAAGAAAUCGGAAGCGACUACAGACUCUACAGAGCGUCAGGCCAGCCUUUAUGGAUGAGUAUGAGAAGAUUGAGGAAGAAUUACAAAAGCAGUAUGACAUUUAUCUGGAGAAAUUUCGGAAUUUGGCUUACCUGGAACAGCAACUCGAGGACCAUCAUAGGAUGGAGCAAGAGAGGUUUGAAGAAGCUGAAAAUACUCUCCGUCUGAUGCAGAACAAGCUAAAGGAAGAGGAAAAGCGGCUGCUCAAGAGUGGAAGUAAUGAUGACUCAGACAUAGACAUCCAGGAUGAUGAUGAAUCUGACAGUGAGCUGGAGGAAAGACGGCUGUCCAAGCCUAGGACGGCCAUGGAGGUGCUCAUGCAAGGAAGACCCAGCAAGUGCAUCGUGGGCACAAUGCAAGGUGGAGACUCCGAUGAUGACAUGGAAGCAGCACCAGCUCUUUUAGGUAAAUGCAAGACUCCCAGCUCCAGGAAGCAGGAAGACUCGGAGGACAGUGAAAUAGAUAUGGACGAUGACGAAGAUGAUGAUGAUGACUUGGAAGAUGAGAGCAUUGCUCUCUCACCAACUAAGCCUAAUCGAAGAGUCCGGAAACCUGAGCCUCUAGAUGAAAGUGACAAUGACUUCUGAUUCUUGCCAAGGGACCUAGGCAGAUUGAGAGCCUCAGACUUGUAUGUAAAUGGUAAGCCAGAAGGCUGGGAAGAUAACAUGUAUUGUGUUCACUAUGACAUUGAUUUGAAAACAGAUUUCUUUCUGCUUUACCUUCCUAUUUAUACUCUAUGAAGCAUAAAUAAGAACUGAAGCAAACCUCA